AUGAACGACCUACAAUGGUCUUUACAGUUCAGCUCAGUGAGUUCAGUACUGAAAAGGUCACUGCUAUGCUUGGCACUCAUAUUGGCAUUGUAUCCGUUAUUAAGUCAACAAGAGCUUACAGCACAUUCCAUAACAAGCUCAAGAGGCACAAGCAAAAUGCAUGAGGCCUUAGCUCUGUUACCCCAAGGAAGUUCCGUUUCUGGGUCUUUUCAACCUCAGAUGUCUGCUUUGACCAACGGCAAUGUCACUUUGGAAAGCAUCAGCGAACGGUUGGCUCGUAUGGACGACAGCUUGGCGGGUCUCAUCCAGGGGGUUCUGACUGUCCAAAGAACGGUGUUUAAUCUGGAACAGCUUCAGGAGCUGCUGGUCCUUCUACUGGAAGAUAUUCUCAAACAGGUAUGUCUGUCUGAAAAAUCUUAG